UACGUUUUCGUCCGUUUGGUUAUAAAUUCAAUUUAACUCGUCGGUAAUCGCAAGCGGAUAGCUUUUGCCUUUCGAUGUAGCCUGCGUUUCACAACAUCAACAUCACAGGUUGCUGACCCGCUCAUGGUUACCAGCCAGUGCAAUCGUAGUAGCCACCAGUACGACAUAGUGGAGGGCUUGUGUUAUGUAAUCCAAGAGGGCAGGUUCGGGCACCGCAAUAUCACCUACUGAGACGCCUCGUUCGCCAUCCUACUGCAAUUUCAAAUCUUCCACCGCUUGCUGUGUAACAACCUGUGCCAGGAAGACGGAAACAAAUGCACUGAUACCGUAAAGCUGAAAGAGGAAGACUUUCCGGUCCCCAACCAAACGUCUGGAUUGUCUGGGUUCAUGCUGCGCUGUGCCCGACUUUGCAUAUCAGCUAGCCGCUCCGAACGGCUUGGCCUGAAUGUCCGGGCCACGGGGUGAAACGUGGAAUUUAAAAGCGCAGUAAGAAGCAGCACAACCAAAGUGCGACAGCGCCCCGUUGAUGACGUGCACGCAGCAGGAAAUUCAAAUUUAGCACUGCUGCCAUCGGAACGUUGACGAGAAGAAGAUGUGCAACUCCGGUUUCGGUGGGAAAAACGAAAUGUGAUGAAGUGAAUCUCCCGCAACGAAAAGCAGUCGUUUCCAACUGCCGAAACAACUUGGUCUUUAUCGAUUUUCAUCGUGGCCCAACGGCGCCGCGUGCUGGUGUUCAAAUUCGACGGACCUCAUCGAAUGCGAAGCCGCUACGAACCCACGACGACCAUCAUCGAUUGCUGUGCUUCCUUCGCAGGAGCCCACGGUUGAAGGAGUAGCCGCAGCAUUGCCAACGGACACGGGUGCCAGCCCCACCGACACCAUGCAGCAAACGGCAGCGACGGGCCGGACGGAGAUGCGGCCGGUCAAGUACCACUACGCCGAUUCCUUCUGGUGUACCUACCUCGUGUCGGUGUUUGCGGCCAGCAUCGCCGAAACGGUCACCUACCCGCUCGAUCUGACCAAAACGCGCCUCCAGAUUCAGGGCGAAGCCGUUGUGGCGGCCGCAAAUGGAACCGGUAAGAAGACCAAAUAUCGUGGAAUGCUGGCCACAGCAAACGGUAUCAUCCGCGAAGAGGGCGCCCUGAAGCUAUGGCAAGGCAUUACGCCAGCCCUCUACCGGCACCUCGUGUACAGUGGCGUGCGCAUUGUUACGUACGAUGGGUUGCGAAAGAAGAUGCGCAAUGGCAAUGAAUCGUUCGCCCUGUGGCAAGCGGCCCUGGCCGGUGUCGGCGCGGGUUCGCUGGCGCAGUGGCUUGCCUCGCCCGCCGAUCUGGUGAAGGUCCACGUCCAGAUGGAAGGCAAACGGCGGCUGCAGGGGCUGGAACCGCGGGUGCACAGUGCGGCGCACGCGUUCCGCGAAAUCAUCGCCCGCGGUGGCAUCUUCGGCCUGUGGAAGGGUAGCGUACCGAACGUGCAGCGUGCUGCCCUCGUCAACCUGGGCGAUCUGACGACCUACGACACGGUGAAGCACUUUAUCAUGCACAAAACCGGCCUUCCCGACUGCCACGUGGUGCACAUCAUGUCGUCGAUCUGUGCCGGGCUCGUCGCCGCCACAAUGGGUACCCCGGCGGACGUUGUCAAGACGCGGGUGAUGAAUCAACCGACCGAUGCCAGUGGCAGAGGUUUGCUGUACAAGGGUUCGAUCGACUGUCUUCAGCAGACCAUUGGCAAGGAAGGAUUCUUCGCACUCUACAAAGGAUUCCUGCCCGUUUGGAUUCGCAUGGCCCCGUGGUCGCUGACGUUUUGGCUCUCGUUCGAGCAGAUCCGUGCCUAUCUCGGGGCGAGUGAAUAUUAAACGGGAACACAAGUUUGCACAAACCCGAACAAAAAAUGGCAGCGGGCCAUCCCAGGGCCAUGUCGCCUGUGCCUGUGCCAUCGCCAAUUGUUUUCAUUACGAGCUGUAGCUGUACCAUUUUACUGAUCAAACAUAUCUCGUUUCGGAUUUCGUGAUUCUUCCAGCGAAGGAAGCAAUUAACCAAACUAAGUCGGUCCCUAAGAGAGCUGCUGUUGUUUUCCGUACCAUUUCCGUGGUCGAAGCUGUGAUUUAGAGUAGAGCGUAGAGUAGUCAAAUAGUAGGGAAACUGGUUAUAUUCUUCACUGUCACUUACUACUACCCCUUUGCUAUAGUAAAACGUUCAACCAGGCAGGAACCAGUGUUCGAAGGUAAUGUGCGAGUAACUCGUUUCCUAUAUUACGAUUAAGAAGAGCUCAGGAACACACGCAUCACUACUGGCACGUUGUGAAAGGGGCUGUCCGUACACCGUAUCAUCUCCCCUCGUUCAGUCUUUCAUUCCAUAUCGCUACACACCUCUAUCACCCAAACCGAACCGAAUGUGAAGUGUGCGCCUUGAUAUCGAGCGUGUCGAGUUAGUGAAGCUCGCUCCAUAAUAUCCCUCAACCAACGACGACAAUACUGCGAACCUUUUGUAUGUUACACCACAACGUCAAGAGUCCCAACGAAGCACGACAUGCAAACGGCCAGUUGGGAAGGUUUUCUGUUUUUGG